AUGAAAAAUUCCUUGAGAUCAAGGGUAAUAAACGAGUCUCUUCGUAAACUCAGAGGACUCGUAACUCUUUCUCCUCCUCUUGAGGAACUUGAUGAAGUAUUGGCUGUGAUGUUUACUGGACCUUGUCAACCUACCAAAAAAGACCUUCAACAUACUCCAUUGCUGGUCCAUCGAAAGCAGAUUUCAAAAGCACUGGAGUGGUUAAAAUUGAACCAUUCUGACUACUUUGACAUCAGAAUAUCACAGGAGAAUUUGAGCCAGUACCCUUUGAGUGAUGCACCAGUCACUUCAGUCAACCCCCAAGUACUAACCACUAGCUGGGAUAAAAUGGCAAAUGAUCCCAGCUAA